AAUCAUAAGGAGCGUCAGCAUCACCCCCCCUACUCUCAUUUCCCUUUUUAGGUGUAGUGAGAGAAACAGAAAGAGGAGAUGUCCAUCAUUCAAUCCCAUGUGCCAUUCUCUCCUCUUCAAUCCCCAUACCUUCCUCUCCUCCAUCAAAUAUAAUACCAAACCCAAAUACACAAAGCUCUGUCUCUCUGUCUCUCUCUCUCUCUCUCUCUCAUCAUCCAAUAUUGGAGUUUGAGAGUACUUUCUAGGGGUUUUGAAAAUUGAAAAACAAAAACAAAGCCAAAGCCCAAAGCUUUAAAGCUGAUCACACACACCUUCACCUCUAAACACCACACUCACACACAUACCCAUAUACCCCCAAUAAGGGAACCCCAACUCUCUUACCUUUUCUUUUUCAGAGAAUAUUAUCAAUUAUCAAAGACACAGUCUCUCUGAUCCAAUUGGUCAAGCUCUCCUCCCAAAGUUUUCAUUUUUAUCUUCAUUUUUUAUUCUCAGGAGAGAGAGAGAGAGAAAAAAAAAUGUGGGUUCAGAGAAUAUGUAGAGAAUAUUGAAGGGAGUGAAGAGAAAAAAAAGAGAUGUUGGCAAUGGAGAAGGAUUUUGAUUCAAAGUUGAAACUUCAGGCCACUUCUUCCAAUGGUGGGAAUGUCCAGAAAUCCAAGAGCUUUGCUUUUAGGGCACCCCAGGAAAAUUUUACUGUUCAGGAUUUUGAAUUGGGCAAGAUCUAUGGCGUUGGUUCCUAUUCCAAGGUUGUUAGGGCAAAGAAAAGGGACACGGGAAUUGUGUAUGCAUUGAAGAUCAUGGACAAAAAAUUCAUUACCAAAGAAAAUAAAACAGCUUAUGUGAAGUUGGAGCGCAUUGUACUUGAUCAAUUGGAUCAUCCUGCCAUUGUGCGGCUAUAUUUUACAUUUCAAGAUACUUUUUCACUGUACAUGGCACUUGAAUCCUGUGAAGGUGGAGAACUGUUUGAUCAAAUAACCAGGAAAGGUCGUUUGUCAGAGGAUGAAGCUCGCUUCUAUGCAGCAGAAGUUGUAGAUGGACUUGAAUACAUACAUAGUCUGGGCUUGAUACAUCGUGAUAUUAAGCCUGAGAACUUGCUGAUUACUUCGGAUGGACAUAUUAAAAUUGCCGAUUUUGGAAGUGUGAAGCCUAUGCAGGAUAGCCAAAUUACAGUCCUUCCAAAUGCUGCAUCAGAUGAUAAAGCCUGCACAUUUGUGGGGACAGCUGCAUAUGUCCCUCCAGAAGUUCUCAAUUCUUCUCCUGCAACAUUUGGAAAUGACCUCUGGGCACUUGGCUGCACCUUGUACCAAAUGCUUUCAGGAACUUCUCCUUUCAAAGAUGCAAGUGAAUGGCUUAUUUUCCAAAGAAUCAUAGCCAGAGAUAUUAGAUUUCCAGAUCACUUUUCAGAGGAGGCAAAAGAUCUCAUUGACCGGUUAUUGGAUUUAGAUCCCAGCAGGAGACCUGGCGCUGGACCUGAUGGUUAUGUGGUACUCAAGAUGCAUCCCUUUUUCAAGGGCAUUGACUGGAAGAACUUAAGAGGGCACACCCCUCCAAAACUUGCUUUGGAACGAGGGGUUCCCUCAAGUGAGGGCGAGGAUGUUCAAGAUUCAUCAUGGAACCCUUCACACACUGGGGAUGGUUCAGACAGACAAGCAGAUGGGAAUUGUGGUGCUGCUUCAUCAUCUGAAGGGUCUGGCCAUAUAACUAGGCUUGCUUCAAUUGACUCAUUUGAUUCAAAAUGGCAACAGUUUCUAGAUCCAGGGGAAUCUGUUCUUAUGAUCUCAAUGGUGAAGAAAAUACAGAAAUUAACUAGCAAGAAGGUGCAGCUUAUCCUCACUAACAAGCCAAAAUUGAUUUAUGUGGACCCUUCAAAGCUGAUUGUGAAGGGAAACAUAAUUUGGUCAGACAAUCCUAAUGACCUCAACAUCCAAGUCUCAAGUCCUUCAAAUUUCAAGAUUUGCACGCCAAAAAAGGUGAUGUCAUUUGAGGAUACAAAACAAAGAGCAUGGCAGUGGAAAAAGGCAAUCGAAGGGCUUCAAAACCGGUAAAAUUUGUUUCGUGGUUUUGACAACACAUUCUUUGGAUGUUAUAAUAGUGUAGAGGAACGUGGAGAUUCUCAAACAUUUGACACCCCUGAGAAUUAUUUAUUCAAUGAAAGAGAUUUGAGUUGCACAUUCGGCUCUUCCAAGGUGCAAAGCUGUUCCCCCUCCUCUCACUGCUUUCAUCUGAGUUUUUGAUGAGGGUUUUUUUCCAUCCUUUUUUCACGCAUUGUGUGGUAAUCUGUACAAUGUGAAGUUGUAACUUUAGGGUUUGUAGGGGGGGUGGGUUAAUCACUUGAUACUGUAUGAAAAGGACAUUACCUUAAUGAAAUUUUCUUUUUGUAAAAUGAUUACUGUAUAACAGCAAUUUUGAGAUUGUUCCA